UAAUUGUGAAUGAAAUCAUCAAUUUAAUCAGCUCGGAAACCAGGAAAGUCAGUUCCAAAACCAUAAGUAAAACUUACAAAUUAAUCAUCCAAUUAAAAAAAGGAGGUUACAAAUGAAUCUAAUGUGAUUGAUGAUACUAAACAAUAAAUUAUAAAACCAGUUCUAAUAGAAUCUAAACUAAAAUAGAAUUGUUUAAUUGAAAUAGUUGAAUUGGCAAAUACUCUAUAAGAUGAUGAUAAUGUUAGUGGUCUUAUCUUUAAAUAAAUUAUCCUAUCUAUUGAAGCAAAAUUAACAGAAUUUUAAGAGAGAUUAGAUAAUCGAGAUAAUCUAACUGAACUCAAUUCAAAAUUACAAUAUCUUUAAGCAAGUCCCUGUAGCCCAAAUAAAAAUAAAGUUAAUGAAAAAAAAGAAGACUCUAAUAAUGAUACAAGUGGACUACUACGUAAUUAAAGUUAAUUCUCUUUACCAUAAAAUGAUGAUGUUAGUAUUAUGAGUGCCUAAGAUAAAAUGAAAAGUCCAUAAGGUAGAAGAUCAACAUCCAAAUAAAAUUCAGGUAAAGUAUUACUUUUAAUAUUAUUAAGUCAUUCUUCCUAAUAUGUCAUAAUAAACUGUAUCUGAUAAUAAUAAGAUUGCAGCUUUAGAAAAAAGAUUAAGAACUAAUGAAGAUAAUUAUGUUAAAUUGACUAGAGAAAUCCAAGACUAAUAUAAUGCCAAUAAUUAAAAAUUAGAAAAGACAAUUAAAGCUCUUAAUGAAAAAUUUAUGUCAUUUAGUGCUAACAAUAUACAAUAACAGUAUAAUGAUAUUACUGACAGCCAAAAAGCUUUGAUUUCACAUUUACAUUAGUAAUCUAAAGAAAUCACGUAAAUGCUUCCAACUAUAUAGCGAGAUCAAUAAUACCAUGAAUAAAUUAAAAGAGACUCAAGAUUCUUAAAAUAUUGAAAUUUAAAAUAAAAUUGAACAUUGC